AUGCCUAAAGCCAAGUUUGGGCUAGUGGCUGAGUGCAGCCCAGUAAUGGAGGAGUUGGAAGUGGUUUUGGAUGCCAUCUGCAAGGCAUGGGACAUGCUGCUCCGCGGCGACGAGUCGCGCCUCCGGUGGUUCGCCAAGCUCGCGGAUUUCCGCCUCUUCCUGCCGCCCCGCCACUACGAGGUACCGCGGCGAGCUGUGCGGGCCCCAGAACUUCUCCGCGGUGAGUGCGCGCCGCGCUCGGCCGGGGCCGGGGCCGGGGCUCCCGCCGCUCCCCUCGCGGAUUUCCGCCUCUUCCUGCCGCCCCGCCACUACGAGGGUAUCAGCGCCCAGUUCAUGGACCGCCUGGGCCACCAGCUGGACGACAUGCUGCUCUCCUGCAAGUACCGCGGCGAGCUGUGCGGGCCCCAGAACUUCUCCGCGGUGUUUACAAAAUAUGGGAAAUGCUACAUGUUUAACUCAGGAGAAGAAGGGCGGCCUCUGCUUACUACAGUCAAAGGUGGGACAGGCAAUGGAUUGGAACUCAUGCUGGACAUACAGCAAGAUGAAUAUUUACCAAUAUGGGGAGAAACAGAGGAAACUACAUUUGAAGCUGGAGUCAAAGUUCAGAUCCACAGCCAAUCUGAGCCACCAUUCGUCCAAGAGCUUGGUUUUGGAGUGGCCCCUGGAUUUCAGACCUUUGUCGCCACACAAGAGCAAAGGCUGACAUACUUGCCCCCUCCGUGGGGUGAAUGUCGCUCCUCAGAUAUGGGCUUAGCCUUCUUUCCUGUUUACAGUAUCACAGCUUGCAGGAUUGACUGUGAAACUCGAUACAUCGUGGAGAACUGCAACUGCAAAAUGGUUCAUAUGCCAGGGGAUGCACCUUUCUGUACUCCUGAGCAGUAUAAGGAAUGUGCAGAACCUGCUUUAGGUAUGCUUGUUGAAAAGGACAGCAAUUACUGUAUCUGCAGCACACCAUGCAACCUAACAAGGUACAACAAAGAGCUAUCCAUGGUGAAAAUCCCCAGCAAGACUUCAGCCAAGUAUCUGGAGAAAAAAUUCAACAAGUCGGAAAAAUACAUCUCAGAGAAUAUUCUUGUGCUGGAUAUAUUUUUUGAAGCACUCAACUACGAGACCAUUGAACAGAAGAAAGCAUACGAAGUGGCAGCCUUACUUGGUGACAUUGGAGGUCAGAUGGGACUAUUUAUUGGUGCUAGUAUCCUGACCAUUCUAGAGCUCUUUGAUUAUAUUUAUGAGCUGAUUAAGGAAAAACUCUUAGAUCUGCUUGGCAAGGAGGAGGAGGAGGGGAGCCAUGACGAAAAUGUGAGCACUUGUGACCCCAUGCCAAAUCAUUCCGAAACCAUCAGCCACACUGUGAACGUGCCCCUGCAGGCCACCCUGGGAACGCUGGAAGAAAUAGCUUGCUGACACCUUCCUGACAGCUCUGUGGUGCGAAGACCUAACAGAAGGAAUCUGCACAGGAAAGCAGGGAUCAAGCUCAGGUUUGCAACUGGGGGGAAAAGAAAAUUGCUAUGCAUAUAUAUAUAUAUAUAUAUAUAUAUAUAUAUAAUCUCUUUGGCAAAACCAAGUGAGAGACACCUUGGACUUGACUUGCGUCAUCCUUUCCUGUGGGGGAUCAUCUUCAGGAUCUGAAGACACAGCUUAUUUUUGAACUGUACAAACAACCAACAACACCAAUAAAACAACAAAACCACCAUUUCAUAUACUGCCAAAUGUAUAAAGCACUUGCAUGCUGAUACUUUUUAUGGCAAUAUAUUCCUAUCUGUCUUUAUAAGCUCUGUUCCUCUUUACAGCCUCUGAUUUUCACUACCAAGAAGGAAUUUGCAGGCCCAGCCAUCCCCAAAAUCACCAUUACUAAUAUCGUAGCUGAAUUAGAAUAAAGAAACAAACAAACUUGCAGCUCUUGGACUCUUGUUACUUUCUUGUCCUUCAUGUCAGUUGGUAAGGAAUCUUAAUCUAUGCCAGGUCCCCAGAGGGCUAUGCCAUAGCCAACCCUCUUAGUCGCUAUGGUGAGCAGCCCAGGGCAACACAUGACUGACCCAGAUAUCACAUACCAUGGCUAUUAUGUUGUACUACUUAGUCUGUAAUGUAGCCUUUAUAAUCUGUCUUUGGAGGUGUGAGCAGAUGAAAGUGCAGGGGGGUGGAGAUCAGUUGAUUUUAUUUUUCAUUAAUUUAUUAUGCACUUGCCUCAUUAUCAUGAGUAGUAUUAAAUCUGGUCUUGUGCAAAUGGCCAGAUCAUGUCAUUUCUGCCAUGUCUGCCCCUGUACCAGCAUUAGUUUGGGCUAGACAGGCUUAUGGAACAGCUUGGCACUGUCUUAGUACUCUACUUCACAGGUAUCCUCUAAGGCAGGCAGUCCCUGCUGCCUUCCCCAGUGAAGGGAUCCACGGGUUUAUCUUCACACUCAUUGAGCUGCUGAUCUCGGACUUGCCCCUUCCCUCAGGACUUGUCAGUCGAGCAUCUCCCUGAUCUACCAGAGAGGGGUCUGGGAUUUUAUAUUUAUUCAGCCUGUGAAAGCUUUGGCUAUUAGGCAGUAAUUACAUCAAGGGGUGGGGGGGGAACUUGUUUUUCUCCAGCACUGAGAGCAGCAUGUCCCCCAUAUUCCCAAAGCAUCCACUGCUCCCCAGAAAGGCCAAUUUCAUCAGGCAACAGCUGCACAUGUAGCAUGAGUGGAGAGGCCAGCACCCUAUUUGGGACUGUGGUGGUUUUUCUGCUGUUUUUUUCUUCCCUGUGCCCAAACCCAGGCAUACAUGUGUGCAUGCAGACUUCCCACGCAGCUGUGUCCCACUGAGGGAGGAUUGCCUAUUAUUUGCCUAGAAGAACAUCUGCCUUGUUAAUACUACUGUAAUAACAGCUUUUAUUUGGCAGUGUCACCCUCUUUCUGCGGGUCAGAUGCCUUGAAGAUGUUUCUCAGUUCAGAGCCCCAGCAGCAGGGAAGGCUUCCUUUGAAGAGGGGUUGGAAAGUGAAGGCUAUUUUGUUCAGCAUGUUUCACUCUUCCACAUCCUCCUGUCCACAUCUUUCCACCCCAAGACAUAUGCAGCCACCUCUUCGCUUUGCAAUAGGUUUGAUAAAUUGGCAGUAAAUAAAAGUUUUGACC